GAUGUUGAGUAGCAAUCUUUCCUACGGCCAUUGAACGCAGCAGAUCUGGGGGUGUGGACCAGCGCUGCUGCAGGCGACACUUGAGCCCAACAGCAUGGAACAGUGGUCCGAGCUGUGACACUGCGAGCCGGGAGGACGGGGACGACGCAGCCUGGGCGACGCUCUCCACGCACGCGACACCCUCACUGUCAUCCUCAGCAGCGACCUGUCGGAGCGAGUCAGCGCGCGCGCGGGAGGAUGGAGGUGGAGAAACGGACGAGCGGGUUCGAGUUCUCGGAGAGAAGCAGCGCCAAGUCGGUCAACGGGUUCUAUGGCGACCAUAAUCUGGCUUCAGAGCAGAACGACAGCAUGAGUGAUACAAUCAACGACAGCCAUCUUGAUGAUCCAGCCGACCAGAGGACCUGCCUCAUCUGUGGAGAUCGAGCCACCGGCCUGCACUAUGGCAUCAUCUCCUGCGAGGGCUGCAAGGGCUUCUUCAAGCGCAGCAUCUGCAACAAGCGCGUUUACCGCUGCAACCGGGACAAGAACUGCGAGAUGUCCCGCAAGCAGCGCAACCGCUGCCAGUACUGCCGCCUGCUCAAGUGCCUGCAGAUGGGCAUGAACCGCAAAGCCAUCAGGGAGGACGGGAUGCCGGGCGGGAGGAACAAGAGCAUCGGACCUGUGCAGAUCACAGAAGAAGAGAUCGAGCGGAUCAUGUCGGGUCAGGAGUUUAAGGAGGACGCGCCCGAACACACCUGGGGCAACAACGGCGACAGCGACCACAGCUCGCCGAGCAACGGCGCCUCGGAGGGGAACCAGCCGUCUCCGGCCUCCACUCUCUCCUCCAACCGCUCCGUGGAGAUGAACGGCUACACGGCGGCGCUGCGCGACCAGUACAUCAACACGUCCAUGUCCACGCACUACCAGCUGCUGCCUCACCUCUUCAGCUACGCCGCUCAGUCCGGCCUGCUGGCCCCGCAGCCCAGGAACCUCUACCCCCAGUCCCACCCCCUGGUGCUGCAACUGGUGGCCGCCGAAGACCUGGCGCCCCUCUCCACCCCCAUGCUCAUCGAAGAUGGGUACAAGGUGACCCAGGUGGAGCUGUUCGCCCUGCUGUGCCGACUGGCGGACGAGCUGCUCUUCCGUCAGAUCUCGUGGAUCAAGAAGCUGCCAUUCUUCUACGAGCUCUCCAUCGAGGACUACACCUGUCUGCUCAGCUCCACCUGGCAGGAGCUCAUCCUGCUCUCCUGCCUCACCAUCUACAGCGCCCAGAUCUUCGGGGACCUGGCGGACGUCACCGCCAAGUACACACCGUCGGAUGACGAGCUGCAGGGCUUCAGCGAGGACGGCAUGGAGGUGAUGGAGCGACUCAUCUAUCUGUUCCGCAAGUUUCAUCAGCUGAAGAUCAGCAACGAGGAGUACGCCUGCAUGAAGGCCAUCAACUUCCUCAACCAGGCAGACAUCCGAGGGCUGUCCAACAUCUCCCAGCUGGAGCAGCUCAACAAGCGCUACUGGUACGUGUGCCAGGACUACACCGAGUACAAGUACCCGCACCAGCCCAAGCGCUUUCCCGAGAUCAUGAUGUGUCUCCCCGAGAUCCGCUGCAUCGCAGGUAAACUGGUGAACGUUCCUCUGGAGCAGCUGCCCCUGCUGUUCAAAGCAGUACUGCACUCCUGCAAAUCCAGCCUGAGCAGCUACAGGAGCGGCCAGUCGCCCUGCGUGACGGCCUCCACCGGCAACUAGAGCGCCGCCGCCUCGCCGCGGCCGGCGCCGAGGGUCUGUCCCGCCCUCUUGUGAAUGUGACAAGCAGCUAGUUUGUUUUUUUUUCUUCUUCUUUUGUACGUUUUUGACCUAUUUAUUACACGACAGAGCUGAAUGUAUGCUGAUUUACACUGUGCACAUGCUCCAGCGCUGACACACCCCUGUCAGCAGCCGGAGUUAACAAAUGUGUAUCCAGUUUGCUCCAUGUGUCAGUGUUGCCAUUGUUAGAGCUUAGACUUUAAAAAGAGUUUAUUUUAUUCAGGCUUGGGGGCGGGUUGUGAUCGACACAUGUGUUUUUAUGAGACUACCUCAGGAAUAUGUUGCUAUUGUUGGGUACCUUUUUUGUGCUGUUCAUGAGAAGUUGCCUGAAGAAAAAAAAAAAAAAGAAACAAACCCCGAAUCCCCCCACAAGCAAUGCGACGCCUCAAUCAUACGCUGAAUGUUAUCGGCGCCGCGGCCAAUCAAAGACAAGUAUUUGUGUGGCGGCGCCGGGAAUGCAAAGAAAAGCUACUUUACGGAGCCGCGGGUCGCUCGUCGCCGCAACAUUCCAAGAGUCAAGACGAGGUGGCGCAGUCGGCCUCGCGUCAGGAAGAGUAAAGGGAGCAUACGGGUAUUUUCUAACAAUCAUUAAAGUGUGGCGUCAGUGCGGGGGAGGGGUGACGGCCCAUAGAAUGUCUUCUCUCUAUCGUUGACCAAAGUGUUAUGCAAUGCUUUAUUUUUCUUACGCCCAGAGACGGGCCUGCAGCGGCUCACGCCGCUCCGCUUCUUAUGAAUGAAGGAUCGAUACAAGAAAACAGGGGCUCCCCCUACUGGGCAGAUGAGGCGACGCUCUCCCACUUUCUGUGUCUCAGAGCUACAGCUUUAUCGUCGGCAGCCGGUGGGAUCACCGGGUCGGACCUCAGGGUGACCCCCUCGUGUGCGAGAGGGCCGGGCGUCGCUCACGUCAGACCUGAGCCUGAGAGCGCCCCCACGUCGGGCCAGCCUCACCCGGGUCCAGGCCAGUCCCACUCAUAAACCCAGGUCACGGAUCAGAACCUUUGGAGUAGCUUCAUGUGUUUGCCGGCGGAAAGCUUAUCUAAUAAGUGGGGGGCACGUGAGCCCUGAAAACAAGCCAUAGAAAAUGGACCUCAUCAUUUCCCAGCCCUGGAAGCAUCUUCUGUGAUUCCUCAUGGAGCUCGCUGCUAGCAACGGCUCCAUCUGCUUCUCGCUCUUGAAACCUUUGCCUCUCUCUCUCUCCCUCUCUCCCCCUCUCUCUCUCCCUCUCUCUCUCCCUCCCUCUCCCUAUCUCUUUCUCCCCCCUCUCUCUCUCUCCCUCUCUUUCUUUCCACCUCUCUCUCCCUCUCUCUCUCCCUCUCUCUCCCUAUCCCUCCCUCUUUCUCCCUCUCUCUCUCCCUCCCUCUCCCUAUCCCUCCCUCUUUCUCCCUCUCUCUCUCUCCCCCUAUCCCUCCCUCUCUCUUUCUUUCCACCUCUCUCUCUCCCUCCCUCCCUCCCUCCCUCCCUCUCUUUCUUUCGGGUCAGCCGACCUGGAUCUAAAACAGGGUAAAAUGCGUGUGUGUGUGCUGCCUUCAGGAGCACGCUGGUGGACUGUAGUGUUGGUAGUGGUAGCGCGCAGGACAUGGUAGGUCCUGCUUAGAACCAAACUUUGUUUUUCUCCUUUUCCUUCCCGCGUGUGGCCUGGUGGUGGAGGAGGGGUGUGAUCUUCCCCACCGCCGCUCCAAUGCAGUUGUUCCUCCUUCCUGCCUUUUUUUUGUUCUGUUUUUUUCAUUUUUAUAUCUUUUUCAUGUAGUUAUUGUGACUGUUUUCGGGGAUUUUUAUUUUCAGUUUUUGUUUCAUGUAUUGAUCGGCUACUUUUCUUGUUGUGUUUGGAGUGAAGACAGAGCUGUGUUAGCUUUAACCAGCCAAGCGUUUUGACUUUCAUGGACAGUACUGACUGCUCGCAGCCUUUUUGUUUGAACUGUCCAGUGUCCUCAUGAAGAGCACGCACGUGUGUGUGUGUGUGUGAGAGGGGGGUACGGGGAGGGGGGCGGUGCCCGUCACUCGGACACUACAAGGCUGCCAGGGGACCAUGCCAAGUGGCUGGAAUGCCUUCAUCUCAGGGACGUCUGAGUGACGGGGAAAGGGAAAAUCUCCCCUCAGAUUAGCACGAAACCAGAGCCACGUACCAGACCAGUCAGUUGAUGAACGACCACAAUGCUAACUGAUGAUUUAGUGAUCCCCGGGUUGGAGCCAAGGGCAGCCGUUCAGCUCACAGCAGAGCAGGCGCCAGGCGAUGGCGGCGAGCUACUGUUUUUUAACAUCCCUCGGAGCAGUUCAGCUCCAAUAACAGUGAUGUUUCAGUGGCUAACGUCAGUCCCUGCCUCACAGAGAACCAGACCGCUGCUCGCAACCUUUUGGUCCGGUCAUUUUAAAAUGGCAACACAUGAGCAUUGCACUUUAGCAUCCGGGUCCAAAGGGGCCACUUCCGGUUGAUUUUACAGCGGCUCUACGGUUUUCAGCCAGAAAGCAGCUGGAGGCUUCUGACGUCUGUGAGGCUAAAGAUCUGAGCAGAUUUCCUCUUCCCCCCUCAGGACCCGCCCCCUCACUUGCCACCUCCUGUCACGCCACUUUUGAUAGGGUUUUGUGUUUGGUUUGGACACGCGCAGUCACGACUUCCUGUCCUGGAACUACCUCUAUGUGUCAUGACUUUGUCUUAUUUAUUGGUUUCAUUGCACCAAUGUUCUGAUGUGAAGUGUUGAGCUCAGUUUUUCCUCCGACCUCUCAGGGAUCCGCUGCUAGAUUCACGCCAACUAUCUUUGCUUUCACUGCUGCCCUGCUUAUCCUCUGCCGAUACCAAAGAUUGGAGCACCUCACUGACAGUGUGAGGCGUUCACGUGACCCACGCCGCCCUCCUCACGUCUCUAUCUUGUGAGGGCCGGCUCGUGAUAGGCCUUCGUGUGUGUGUGUGUGUUGGAGGAAGCGCGGCGCUAUCAUAUCUGUCAAUGCUGCUUGUGAUGGAUGAUCGAUCGGAGGAUGUGAGGUGUGGUCAGACUGACCCGCUGUGGUGUUUACAUGCGCUCACCCCCUGGUGUGACCCUGGCGCACCGGCACGUGAGCGCGCUCUGGCUUAUCUCGCGGCUGGACGCGGGCUGAUAGGGCGCCGCCGCCUCUGUCACGGCCGGCGGGAGAUGGCCCGCAUGUUUGAGGUGCACACCUCCGUGUCACCGUGUCACCUCCCGUCAGGACGUUCUUACGGCGAUCAAGUGCUUUUAUCAGAUUCUAAGACAAAAUAGCGAUGCUGUGUUGGUGAACCUGCGGAACCUCCACCUGAUGAGCAACACGUCACGCCUGACUCGUGCUCCUUCAGCGGGAAAGUCCACGAUAAAAGAGCUAUUUUGUCUGGAGAGGAGAAAACUAUUUUUACUGGAUGGAUAUUUUAACCGUGGCCAAGUUUCUCUGAUCAGGAACAUGGCGCUUUAUGGGGAAGAAAGAGAAGUACAGUGACAUUUCUCAGGGAAGAAGCGCCAGUCAUGUGACCACCGACUCAUCCUUUGUCUGCUCUUGUUACUUUAACUACCUGUGAAAAUGUGACCCACUAUGUAUUAAGAGCAUGUUUAGAAUGUUAGGACUUGGAAAACCAAAUAAAUGUGAACGUUAUGCAACUUUGCCUCUGGUCCCCUUGGUCUUCUCUCGUCUGGCUGCUGUUUGGAAACGAUGAGGGCGGCAGAAGUGCGGCGGUGUGAGGCGAAAGCCCACGU